AGUGAAGUGUGUAGAAAUUAAUGGAACUUUUAAACAAAAUGCGCUCAGCGAGUACCUUGCCCGUUGUGGCUAUGAUUCUGUGCAGCGUCCUGGUUUCCGCAUCGCCCAUCGACGAGGUAUAUAAGAGACAGUGCAAUUGGAGCCCAACAAACUGGUGCAAUAAUUUAAGCAAUGCCAACGACUGUCAAGCGACAGGAUACUGCAUCCAAAACGUCUGGGAGAACCAGGUGGUGCCUGUGGACUCAAAUCCUAUCUGCCAGAUAUGUAAGGGCAUGAUCAAGCAGGCACGCAAUGAGUUACCCUGCGAUGAUUGCAACACGAACCUUAUACACAUAUUUGAAGACUCCUGCAAAAAGAUGCCCAUUAAACAUAUGCGACAGAAAUGUACCGACAUUACAAGGAACACCUUCCCAGUGAUUAAUCAGUUGAUGUUCUCGAGAAUGAGCCAUGAGCAAAUUUGUACAUUGAUGGAGUUUUGCAACGGAGACAGAAGCUACCAAACUGCAGAGCUAAAUCCAAACAUGGAUCAAACUGAUCAGCUCUCGUGUUCGAACUGCAACCAACUCAGGCUGGCCUUGAAAGAGAAGUUUGAGUCUACCGGACCCAACGAAAUGAUUGAUGACUUUUUGGACACAUGCUACAGCCUCGACACCCUAGCGGACACUUGCUUCAACCUCGUCACCUACUACUUUGAUAACAUCUAUGAACUGACAAAGCAGUAUCUCCAGUCGAAUGACAUUUGCCGUGAUAUUAACAUUUGUCCGAAUUCUGUGAUUGAACCAGAGGCAGUGCUAUUCCCCGCGGUCAGGAACAAUUUGAAUAUCUGUACAAAGUGCAUGGAAAUGGUACGACAGGCACGCGAGGCUAUUCUAAAAAACUCAACAGAGGCUCAGUUCAAAGAAAAGCUGAUCAAUUUUUGUAUGAAAUUUCACGGCGAAAAGCAUCAGUGUACGAUUGCUGCUGACCAGUAUUAUCACAUACUUUAUAAUAUGUUGAAAAAUGGAGGAGAUGACGAAAGCAUAUGUAAAAAACUCUUGUUCUGCAGCAAGCCCCAUGAAACAGAGGACAAAAUUAGGCUUGAAAUCAAGGUCUUAGACGCCAAUCGCGGCGAAACGCUGCAGUUGAGCACUGAUUUCGUGAACAAGGAGUCCGUCAACUGCCACAUCUGCAAUAAGGUGAUCGUGAGUUUGCGUGAAAUGCUUAAAAAGAAUAAUGAUAUCAAAAUGGCAUUGAAACACGUGUGUCAAGUGCUAAAGACGGAAAAUCUGGAGAACGAAUGUCAGAAUAUGUUAAGCCAGCACUCCGACUUGAUAAAGGACCUUGUUAAAGCGAAAAUGGACCACCAACAAAUAUGCCGAACUCUGAACAUGUGUUUAUUAUACGAAUCACAGAAUUUUAUCUAUGUCGACGAGACUCUAGACUCUCAGUUGAAAAACAGCGAGCGGUUCGAUGUUGCUGAAACACAGGAAGGCUUUGAUUUGGAUCAAUCUGUAGAUAAUACCGUCUGCAUAUUGUGCACUGAGGUCACACAGAAAAUUAAGGCGAUUGUAAAUACUGAAGACAAACGGAGAAAUUUACUUACAGCUGUCUCAAAUGCUUGCCACAUUAUUCCCCCAAUUUUCCGUGGUGUCUGUCGCAUGAUGACUAAUACUUAUGGGAGGUUUGUUGUAAAUAUAUUAGAAAAUAGUUCAACACAGGAAAUUUGUCAAAUGGUAAAGUUUUGCUUAAGUCAGGAAGUUUUUAAUGCAGUUAUCGAAAACGUGCAAUUGCUUUCUAUGGAACAAGACACGCGUGAUGGAUUUGUGAAACCUCUACGCUGGAUAUGCGAAUGUGUGCUGUCAAGUAUUGAAAAAUUGGUGGAUUCCAAAGAAAAGCGGAGCAACUUAAUGCAUACCAUGCUGUUCGGCUGUGAUCUUUUACCGAGCUUUAUCCGCAAUCCUUGUACCUACUUCGUAGAAAGCUUUGCCCCCAUUGGCCUGAAUAUACUCAGCAGCAUGCAUCCCGCAGAAUUCUGCGAGUUCCUGCCAUUUUAUCCGGGCGUCACGGGCUUAGAUAACUAUGAUAAUACUACACAGUAA